ACAAGUUUUCUGAUGUAUUUGCUUGCACCUUCUUCCCCGGCUGUUUGGUGAACCCAGCCCCCCUCUCCCCCCCCCCCACCGGUCUCCCAAGGAUGGAUCAUUCCCAGUGCCUUGUGACUAUAUACGCCUUGGUGGUUCUGCUGGGUCUCCGGCUGGAGCAGGGAGCUUGCCAGCACUAUCUGCACAUCCGACCGGCUCCCAGCGACAACUUGCCCUUGGUGGAUCUAAUCGAGCACCCGGACCCUAUCUUUGACCCCAAGGAGAAGGAUCUUAACGAGACCUUGCUAAGGAACCUCAUGGGCGGACACUUCGACCCUAACUUUAUGGCUAUUUCCGUGCCCGAGGACCGGCUUGGCGUGGACGAUCUAGCUGAGCUGGACUUGCUGCUCAGGCAGAGACCCUCGGGAGCGAUGCCCAGCGAAAUCAAAGGGCUGGAGUUUUACGACGGGCUGCAGCCGGGCAAGAAGCACAGGCUGAGCAAGAAGCUGCGCAGGAAGCUGCAGAUGUGGCUCUGGUCCCAGACCUUCUGCCCGGUUCUAUACACGUGGAACGAUCUCGGCAGCCGCUUUUGGCCCCGGUAUGUCAAAGUGGGCAGCUGCUACAGUAAAAGGUCUUGUUCAGUCCCAGAAGGCAUGGUUUGCAAACCUGCCAAGUCCGUGCAUUUAACGAUCCUGAGGUGGAGGUGCCAGCGUCGGGGGGGGCAGAGGUGCACAUGGAUACCCAUCCAGUAUCCCAUCAUUUCGGAGUGCAAGUGCUCCUGCUAA